UUAAGGUGACAUUUGUAUGAGAGAUGCAAUUUAAUAAAGCCGUUUAUCUUUCUUCCAAGCUUUUCUUGUUUCACAUGGUGACUAUCACUUCGCCCCAGAACUUCACCCAAUGCACAACACGAGGAAGCUUUCAAGAGCACUGGCAGGAGACUAUGUACAACAUGUUCACGUUUGUUUGCCUCUUCCUUCUGCCUCUACUCAUCAUGAUCUAUUGCUACAGCAGAAUCCUUGUAGAAAUCAGCAGGCGAAUGAGUAAAGGAAGCAGAUCAUCAAAGGAAGUGUACUUAAGAUGUUCCAGAAACAACAUCCCAAAGGCACGGAUGAGAACUUUAAAAAUGAGCAUUGUCAUUGUAACCUCCUUCAUUAUCUGCUGGACACCUUACUAUCUCCUGGGAGUGUGGUACUGGUUCUCCCCAUCCAUGCUGACUGAUAAAGUCUCGUAUUCCCUGACCCAUAUACUUUUCCUCUUUGGCCUCUUCAAUGCCUGCCUAGACCCCAUCACCUAUGGACUGUUUACUUUCUACUUCCGCAAAGGCUGGAAAUGUUAUUGCCCUGGUGCAAAAAUAAUUUCAGAUUCAGGGAAAAACUCUCCUAUGACAGAAUCCUUUCAUAAUUCUGCCUCAUCUUUCCAUAUGAGGCGACUUACUUCCCUGGCUCAGGAUUCACGCAUAACUCCUGGCAUACUAAGUGUAACUGAGGUAAGGGUGAGCAAACCAAAUGGCUGUCAUGAAGAUAUAUCAAACUGCAAAACUAACAGCAGCCCAGGAGCUUAUAUACAAAAUACAUCAUAA